AUGGAGCCCAAAGAAACCACUGGGAAGGAAAGCAUGGGCACCAAGAAAAAGAACCUGACCUUCCUGAGGCCCAGACUGUACAUGCUGGAGAGGAGGAAGACAGACACUGUGGUGGAGAACAGUGCUGCUGGGGACCACUCUGGUACCUUGAGGAGGAGCCAGUCUGACAGGACCGAAUACAACCAGAAGUUACAAGAAAGGAUGACUCCACAGGCCGAGUGUUCCACAGCAGAGCCAUCAUCUCCGGAGGAUGAGCACCAGAUGAAGAGGAUGAUGGCCAAGCGGGCGAAGAUCAUCAAGGAGCUGGUACAGACAGAGAAGGACUAUCUCACCGACCUGGAACUGUGUCUUAGGGAGGUAGUGCAGCCCCUGAAGAAUAAGCAGAUUGACAGGCUGGAUGUGGACAGCUUGUUUAGCAACAUCGAGUCUGUGCAUCAGGUAUCAGCCACGCUGCUGUCUUUGCUGGAAGAGGCUACAACAGACGUGGAACCAGCCGUGCAAGUGAUCGGAGAAGUAUUCUUGCAGAUGAAAGGACCACUGGAAGAUAUUUAUAAAAUCUACUGCUACCACCAUGAUGAAGCGCAUAGUGUACUGGAAUCCUACGAGAAGGAGGAGGAGCUGAAGCAGCACUUGAGCGAGUGCAUCCAGUCUUUAAAGAAAAUAUAUGCACAAGAAGGAAAACCGAACUUGCUGGACAUGGGCUCUUUGAUGAUCAAACCGAUUCAACGUGUGAUGAAAUACCCGCUAUUGCUGUGUGAACUUCGGAAUUCUACCCCUCCCUGCCACCCAGAUUACAGAGCACUGGAGGACGCCUUUGCUGCUGUGAAGGACAUUAAUGUUAACAUCAAUGAACUUAAAAGAAGGAAAGAUUUAGUUCUAAAAUACAAGAAGAAUGAUGAGGAUGAAUCACUUAAAGACAAAUUGUCUAAACUCAGCAUUCAUUCGAUUAGCAAGAAAUCAAAGCGAAUGACAAAUCAUCUAAAGAUUCUGACCAGAGGAGAAUCCCAGGUGAAAGACAAUACCUUUAACAGAGAAGAAAAGCUAUUGAGAUCUUUAGAAAAGACUGUGAGGCAUUCUGUGAAGAACAUUUCCUUCUAUUUACAACAUAUGCAGGAUGCCAUGCCCUGUGCCCAGCAGAGUGUAACAGAGCUGCAGGAGAUUUCCCACCACCAAGAUGAGAAAGAGAAGGGCAACUGUGACGCUCCAAGCCAUACCUCAAAUCCAUGUCAUGACUUUGCAGCCCACUUACACAGACUCGUCCUGAGCCCACUGUCAGCCCUGCUGUCCUUGUUCCCUGGGCCUCUGAAGCUCAUCCAGAAACGCUAUGACAAACUGCUGGACUACAACAGCUACCUGCAGAGGUCUGCAGGAGAGGAGUCAGAUUUGGCCAAAAAGGAGUACGAGGCCCUCAAUGCCCAGCUUGUAGAAGAACUGCAGGUGUUCAAUCAGGCUGCUCGGAAGAUUCUGCUGAACUGUCUGUGCAGUUUCAUCACUCUGCUCAGGGAUCUGAUGUUCACAGCCAAGCAGUCUUACUCCACGGAGGUGCUGGUGCCCCUGUUGGUUUCAAGUAUCUCUGAGAUUCAGAAUCGGGUGUUAGAAGAGGUGCACAGUAUGAAUUUUGUGAAGGAUAACAGUGCCACAUUUAUUGAGAGGAAACUUAGCUUUGAAAAGAAGAAGCCUAUGCAGAUUCUGCCGGAAGUGCCACGGCAAACUGACAUUCACCGCUCCAAGCUUCUGUCCACAUACAGUGCAGGGGAACUCUACCAAGCCAAGCGCAAGUGCAAUGCUACACAGGAGCAUGACAUCAAUCUUCUGGAAGGAGAGUUGGUGGCUGUGAUAGAACAGAAAGAUCCGUUUGGGAGCACAAGCAGAUGGCUUGUGGACACAGGAAUUGUAAAAGGAUAUGUGUAUUCCUCCUUCCUAAAACCCUACAACCCAGCAAAAGCGCAGAAGGCAGAUGCUGAAAACAGGUUCUGUGAUGAAGAUUUUGAUAACAUCAGCCUCUUUGUGUCCUCACGACCAGCUAGUGACAGUGUCACAGGAACCCCGGAAGAAAGCAUAAGUGACAGCAGCUCAUCUCUUAGUGGCACUUGUGGAAAAUUUGAAACAAACGGCACUGAUGCCGACAGUUUUCAAGAAGCAGAUGAACAGAUCUUCUAUGCAGUUCAUGCUUUUCAAGCACGGAGUGAUCAUGAACUCAGCCUUCAAGAGUACCAAAGAGUUCAUAUACUUAGAUUUUGUGACCUAAGCGGCAAUAAAGAGUGGUGGUUAGCUGAAGCUCAGGGGCAGAAAGGCUAUGUGCCAGCUAACUACCUUGGAAAGAUGACUUACGCUUAA